GGACAAGUAACAAUGGCUCUUAAUCUUGAGCAUGGUUGUGGAUUUUCCUCUGGUUGCAACUUCAUAAUUUGUACAGAACCAGUGAAGUGUAGCGAUAAAUUGAAGCAAACUAAUUGCAUGUGCAGUGAUGAAAAAGUACUGGCUACCAAAAGUAAAGACUGUGCUACAGAGACCUGUGAGAGAAAGUCGUGCAUUGGUUCAGAUGAAUGCUUGUACCAGAACACAAAAUUUCACUACAAUUGUCAGUGUCCAGAUGGUGAAACAGGCAUGAACUGCAAGUUUUUGGGAGACAAAUCUGCCUUCAGUCUCACGGCCUGGAGUUUGACAGCCUUGUUACUAAUCAGUAUCUUAAUUCUUGUUUUGGCUACUAGUCUAAUUGGUUACAAGUAUUUCUUCAGCAUCCAUAGGAGAACUGAGGUUAAAGAUGACAUCCAAGAAAAUGUAAUGAAUUAUGCUGAUGAAGCAGGAAGUGGGAAUGGUGGGACAUCUGGCAUAACGCCAGAGAAGACAUCUAUUAAUGAAACUGAGGCAUCAGUUUCCAUGGAACUACAUGACUUGAAAGGAAGUUCUGGACCAGACACGAAAUACUUGAUGGAGCACAAAAACAAAAUUGACACUGAUUUGCUUUCUGAAAACAGAGAUGAACUGAAUGUGUAUAUUUAUGAAGGUGGUGGAACAGCAGCUAGUUCUUUUUCAUCUUUGUGUGCAGGUUUUCAGGAAAAAGAACCUGAUACUGUGAAUUUUGCACAGAGGGGAUCAUUUUGCAUUUUAUUGGAGAAACAGUGCCAGACAGAAUUGUAACAGUUGUAUUGAUAUUUACAGAUUUCUCACACAAAUCAGGUUUCAUUACGUUUUGUGAAUAUAAAUGUGCACAAAAUUCUAGAGCUUCUAUACUGUAAGUAUACUACUUCUCAGGGGAAGGAUCUAACAAUCCCUGUCUUCAAAGUACCAGGAACAUACCAAGUGCCUAACAGAUAAUAUUUCAAACCACAGCUGACUAAACAGAAAUAGUA